AUGACACCGGAACCAGUUAUCCACGAGGUCUUCGAGCCGGCGACGAGCACGUGGCAAUACAUAGUCGCGGACCCCUCCACGAAAGCAGCCGUCAUCAUCGACUCAGUCUUAGACUUCGACCCAGCAAAAAGCGCCGUCUCGACACAGACGGCCGACAAACUGCUAGAGCUCGUCCGAGAGAAGGGAUACAAAAUCGUCAAGAUCCUCGAGACCCACGUCCACGCCGACCACCUGACGGCGGCCAAGUACCUCCAGUCGCGACUGCGGACGGCGCAGGACGGCGCGGCGCCCGAGAUAUGCAUCGGCUGGCGCAUCGGGGUGGUGCAGGAGAGGUUUGCGAGGAAAUACGGCAUCCCCGAGGCGGAGUACGUCCAGGCCUUCGACCGGCUCCUCGAGCAGGACGAGGAGUUCCAGAUCGGGGCGUUGAAGGCCAAGGCGAUUCACCUACCGGGCCAUACUCCGGACCACAUGGGAUACAUGGUGGGAGCCAACGUCUUCGCGGGAGACUCCCUCUUCAACCACGACGUCGGCUCCGCCCGCUGCGACUUCCCCGGCGGCGACGCCCGCGACCUGUACGCGUCGGUGCGGAAGCUUCUGGACCUGCCGGAGGACACCAAGGUGUGGACGGGACACGACUACCCACCAGACGGCCGGGCCCCGGUCGCGGCGACGGCGGUCGGCAAGCAAAAGGCCGACAACAAGCACCUCGGGAACGGGGUCAAGGAGGACGAGUUCGUCAAGUGGCGCGAGGAGAGGGACGCGGGGCUCGGCGAACCCAGGUUGAUGCACUGGGCGCUCCAGGUCAAUGUGAGGGCCGGGAACAUGCCUAGCCCGACCAAGGACGGAGAUCGGCUGCUGCAUGUGCCGGUUAAGAUGCAGGGCGUAACUUGGUGA